AUGAGGCCCCUUCAUUUGCUUUUCCCAUUGCUGGCAUGGGUACAGCUGGUAGUCGCUCAGGAAUCGGCUCUACUGGCAGUGAUUGAGCAACUUCCUCAAUGCGCGCAAGUGUGUCUUGCCACUGCAGUUGCCCAAUCGCCAGUACAGCAUACAGACCAGGCCUCCGUAUGUGCAGAUGCCAAACUGCAAGGCGAGGUAGAGGCAUGUGUAAUGAAGUCAUGUACACUGAGACAGAGUUUGACAACCAAAAACGUCACCACAACCAGUUGUCACGCUCCGAUCCGUUACUCCGGCGAUUCAAUUCGUGUAUCCAACUUGAUUCUUUCGAUCGUCACCGCCGUUUGUGCGCUUUCCAGGAUCAUAUACAAAGCUGUUUUCUCCGUCGGUGAACUUGGCUACGACGACUACAGUGUUUUGGCCGCACUAAUAGCUGGUGUUCCAUCCGUGGUCAUCAUCGAUAGAGCUAUUGUUCCAAACGGUCUAGGACGAGAUGUAUGGACUGUCAGCUUCCAACAGAUCACCGACUUCGUCAGAUAUCUUUACGCUCUGGAAGUCCUCUAUUUCAUUCAGGUCGCGCUUCUGAAGCUUACGCUCUUAUUCUUCUUCCUGCGAAUAUUUCCGAAACCCAGCAUCAGGCGACUACUAUGGGCAACCAUUGCCUUCAACUGCCUCAACGGUCUUGCGUUCACGUUGGUGGCCAUCUUCCAAUGCCGACCGAUCUCCUUUUACUGGACCAAAUGGGAUGGCGAAGGAUCCGGCCAAUGUAUCGACAUCAAUGGGUUAGCGUGGACAAAUGCUAUCAUCAGCAUUGUCUUGGACAUCUGGAUGCUCGCUUUGCCCUUGUAUGAGGUGUUCCACCUGCAGCUCUCCUGGCGCAAGAAGCUUAGCGUCGCUGUUAUGUUCUGCGUCGGUACAUUUGUGACCAUCAUCUCAAUCCUUCGUCUAUCAUCUCUCGUUAACUUCGCCGCCUCAUCCAAUCCAACAUGGGAUCAAGCGGAUGUUAUAAAUUGGUCUAACAUCGAGAUCAAUGUCGGCAUUAUCUGCGCCUGCCUGCCUGCGCUACGCGUCAUACUCGUACACUUGUUCCCCAAGAUCCUCGGCACAACCAAAGCCACCGAACGACCUUACUACGCAUACGGCAGCCAAAGUCAUGGCAUGAAGAAGGGCGGCAGUGCGCUGGCCAGUGGUCCAGGACGAUCGGCCGUCUCGAAUGGCGCGCGAGACCCAAACGCCAUCACAUACACCAAGACCUUCGAAAUACGGCAUGCCGAUCAUGAUGAGCAAUCACUUGUGCAAAUGGAGAUGGACCAGUUUGAACCACACAAGCCGAAAAAUACGAGUAGCAGCACUAGCAUCUCGAGUUUCUAG